AUGGACGUGCAGCAGCCUUGGUUGGCCGAGUUCAUUGAGUCAGGUCUCGGCGCCUGGUUCCACAGACUGGGAGGCACGCCGAACAACCAGUAUUCAUUUCGCAAGGUUGACGACGUCCUCCAAGUCACACAAGCAUCCAGACGUGUACCUCAACUUGGGAUCAGAGAACCUCGAGGCGAAGUAUCAGAUGGCGCCCACACUAUUGAAGCCGUCUUCGCAAGCGACAACGUUACAGCACUUCUUCAAGCAGGCGCUCAGUGCGGGACUGUGUUGCGCCUCCCAGCUCCUGUCAUCCGAGUCACUACACAUGUGAAUCCGCCGAAGCCCUUGCUCGAAGUUGCUCAAUGGGCAAUUGUGGAUGACCAAUAUCAAUUGCCCGAGGAGCAUGCGACUGGGGUGCCUGUGAUGCAAGAACAAGCUAUACUGGACAGCAUGGUCAGAUACCAGACAGUCAAGGAUCAUAACUGCGCCGUGUCCAACCCCACGCUGCAUGACAGCCCGCAAUCAAUCGUCUCUCAGGCACCGUUCAGUCCACACAAGCAUGUAGGAGUCGGUGAAGAAGACGAGGAGGACCUCUCUCAGUGCCAAUUUUUUACCCAACCCUCUGUUGCUAUCAACAUGGCCGACCUAGCGAGACUUUCACCAUCAUCGCGCUCAGCUGAUUCGAAGCUGACUCACGAAGUCGAGAAUUUGCGGUCUCUUCAGAGGAGAGAAGUGAAGCCAUGCUCAAACGGUUCAGGUUUGUCUGCCACGAAAAGGGCGAGAUCUCCAACACCGCUUGCCAGCCUUUCAACUUCACUUCACUCAACCCACCCUUCGUCUUCUAGAAUUCCUGAUGUUGCUCUCAACCACGACAAGCACGAAAACAGCAGUCCCAUUGAAACCACUGAGCUUGUGGCCAACAUUGAUCUCUCUGCGCCACCAUUGCAGACGGCUAACGGCGAGGACAACAUUCACGAAUGCGCGCAAUUGAGGCCAGUGCGUGUUACGACUCAACUUGGGAACACUGGUGCACCGGCUGGGUCCCUCCAACGCUGGCGGGUGCAGGCUCGGGGAAGGAGACAUGUCCCCCGAUAUGUCUGCAAAAUCCCUCGAGACCAAGAAGACUUCUUGAAGUCACUGCUCGAGUCUGGCGACAGCUGGCAACCACCGCUUGUUGGCCAUGUACAACGGCCAGGAGAAGUGCCACUGCCUUUGCUGGAACAGCUAUGCAACGCAGCUGAUCAACAAGCCCAGAAUCCUCUCACGCUCCAGAGACCAGUAGAAACUGUCAAUCUGCCGCCAACGCAGCUAUCCCCUUUGCCAGGGCGGAAUGACGACCCGACCGAAGCCAAGUCGAAUGAUCAAGAUCCAAGUCAGGCCGAGGUUGAAUGGUCCCAAAGUCCACCUACUCAACAACGCCGACUUAGACAGAGAUCGGUUGAGUCUGACGAGGACGUUUUGAGCGGAUCAGCAGAGUCACAAGCUUUGUCUCCCAGUCCACCUCCUCCCAAACACAAGAUAACAACAUUGCCCCAGAGUAGUCCUCCAGUGGAUCUUCGAGGGAAUAGACAGCUUGUCGGUCCUGAAAGAUUCCUGAGGAGCCCUCGGCUCAGUAGCAAAAAUUCGCAUGAGGUCUGUAUUAACGAGCAUCAUGAGGUCGAGAAGGACAAGUCCGAGUCUGGCGCGGACGAUGUCAGUCGCAGAUCCCGUUCUCCCAUUUCCGAACAGCGCGACGAGGCCACGCGACUGAUGGUUCGCUCCUCGGACGACAAUGCAGAAGAUAUCAGAAGCAAUCCGGCGUACAAACCUUCCUCUUCUUCGCGGAUGAUAGGCAGCUGCAGUACCAAGAAAAUACAAGUGAAAAGGACACCCUACCCGAGUAAAGGCGUCACACUAUUUCCAUCCCCGCGGAGUGGUCGUACCGACAAUGAGGAUCCACUAUCAAGUAUCGUCCCAGGGACUUACACGUCCCCGACCCCGGAUGAACUAGCUUCCUUGCAAGGCGCCAGCGGACAGUUUGGGGCUGCACCGACAGUCGAGACUGUUAAGGCCAGUGAGGCCGGCAGUGAGAGUGGUUCGGCACCGGCCAACAGCCGAUCACUGGUACAACCGAUCAAGACUCCGCGGCAGGCGGCGAUUGUGGGGCGAAUUGAGCAGGAAACCUCACGACCGGUCUCAUGUGUCUCCGGUGUCUCGCAAGGAUCGUGUCGCACUGGUGACCAACCUGUGGUUUCGAAGGGGCGAAAAGACGUGCAAGGCCUUGGGGUACAGUUACUCGAGUCAACGACAGAACAGACUCAAGAUGACGACGGGAACCAAGCUGGGAACGUUAGUCGUCAAAGUGACGCCAAGCGUUUUCUUCAACAACGGAGACAUCCGGAAGAAUCCGUGAAAGAAGCCAGUUUAGCGACCGCGAGUACAGGGAGCUUACGAAGCCCGGCUUCCGCAAAAAGGAAAAGAGGUAGCAUGGGAGAGAGCAGUGUUCACGCCAAAAAGCAACGAAGGAGUCCCCCGACAACUCCCAUCGACCCGGAUUAUCUGGCGAUCUUCGAGAAAAGGAGGGCUGACCGUCGCGAGAAAUUGCAGGCUAUCGGCAAGCCAAAGGCCCUGUUGCGACAAUCGAGCUCGUCAUCGGAACUGGAAGUGGAAAGCAGUAGCGGGCUACAUGAAGCACCGUUGAAUAUUGCAGCGCAGCCUCGAAUACGGAAUUCUACAGUCGAUAUGCGACCGUCGUCGACACCUGUUACCCGACAGUCUACCUACAGUGGGGUGUGGAAUAUUGAAGACAAACUCAGACCGGGCGACUCCGCUUCUCUGCAUUCCUCCGCUGCCGUGGCUAACGAGUCUGAAGAGGAGACCUUUGCCAGAUACCGUGCGGCCUAUCCUGACUAUGAGGGCAACGCGGACGAUUUUCGCCGGUCAUAUCAUUUCAUCCAGGGUGUCUUGAACGAUGAACCCAACAAAAUACAUUCCUCCCUUCUAGACGAUGCAGUAUUCCACCACUAUCACAGUUAUCAACCUUACAAGGAAGUGAUGGGGUUUGUAAAGUUUUUUAACGAAUGCGUUGAAGAUCCGUCGCAUCACAAACGGAUUAUCAAAUUCGCCACUCCGGAGAGGCUACCAAGUCGCAACCAGUUGCGAAGAUCGAACAUGGCGGACAAUAGUGUGAUCGGGGCGUCGCCAUCACCCGAUACUCGCUCUGCACUGGCGAUUAGUGCGCUUCCACCGCCACUGACGAAGGAGGGGUUCGAGACGAUGCGGACGCAAAAGCAGUCUCUCGAGAGUGCCCCCCUAGAGCCACUGGCGGGUGCGACUUUGUCCCAAGAAUCGAUUGAGGGUAUUGAAAAAUGGCGUGAGAACGCUGCUCUGAGACGUUCGCCAGAGCUGGGCAGCGCAGAUAUUGAUAGGAGCCUUCUUCAGGUCUCCAGUCUCGAGCAAGCAGUAAACCCUAGUGCCCCGCCAUGUCUGUCCCCGAAGAUAACACGUCUUCCGCAGCCGACGCCGAAGCCACCAGGAUCGAAACCGAAGAACCGCGCCCCUGCCAGCACAGCUCAGGCGCAGCUGCAUCGUUUAUCUGAAUCAUUCGUGAGGCCACAACGGCCCUCGCCAGUCGUCAAAGCAAGAUCGGCGACCACGCCCGCGGCCAUCGCCUUUAUUUCGCAGCCUGCAAAAGGAGAGAGGUCCCGGAAAAGUUUUAGCGGAACUAACACGGCAUUUACCCAUUUCGAGAAAGAGUACGCUCGAUUGUGUCGGGAGAAGGAAGCCAAGGACGUCGUUGCAAAGGCCAAGUCUCCCGCGGAUAGUCGUGGUGUUCGUGGCGUGGGCAUCGAUGUCUUCUCCUGGCGGAAGUGA